AUGGCAGUCCUCAACAGCCACGGUCGAUCACGAGACCAGAUUGAACCUUCCUUCCUCGCAGAACAUAUCGUUCACGCCCAAGCCAGGCUAUCCGGCAAGGUCGUUCGCACGCCAACAAUCCGACUGCACUGGACCGAGAAUGACACCCAUAAAGUUUGGGCCAAGAUGGAAUCUCAGCAAGAGACAGGGUCAUUCAAAUAUCGAGGAGCACUGAACGCCCUGCUCAUGGUAGAUGCGCCAACGGUCAUCACUGCUUCAGCUGGCAACCACGCACUAGCCAUCUGCCAUGCGGCGAGGGCAGUAGGAAAGAAAUCAAUCAUCGUAGUACCCGUCACCGUGUCUGAGCUUAAAGCGAACCGCAUCUUGGCCGAGGCAGACAAAGUCACAUUCUAUGGCAAUGAUCUUGCUGAGGCCACCCAAGAAGCCAUUCGCAUUGAAGAGCUCUCGGGCAUCUGCAGCAUGACUGGCCAACGCAAGAUUCAGUAUGUAUCGCCCUAUGACGACCUAUACGUGGCGGCAGGCGCUGGUACCCUCAUGGCCGAGGCAUUCGAGGACAGCGGGCCAUUUGAUCAAGUGGUUGUUCCACUCGGUGGCGGCGGGCUCACCGCCGGAGUCGCAUCUUGGUGCCACAAAAACAGCCCAUCUACCAAAGUUAUCUGCGUCCACCCCAAGAUAUUUCUCAGGUCUUUGGAGGAUGGAACUAGAAAUCGUGCCACACUUUCUGAGAGGCUGCACCUGCCUACACAGGCCACGCUCUGUGACGGAUUAGCGGUGCAGUUGGUGCGGCCGACGCAAUUUGCUAAAAUAUUGGAUACUCUUAUCCACAAAAUUGUUGAGGUAUCCGAGGAUGACGUGCUGAUGGGUAUUGCCUCAACGCUUCGGUACCAGUCCCUACUGAUCGAAGGUUCAGCGGCUGCAGCAAUAUCUGCCGUCUCAUCUGGUGCGCUGCAAGGCCUCAAAGGGAAAACCCUGGUUCUUUUGACCGGCGGUAAUUUAACCUCUAACAACAUUGCUCGAGCUCUCACAGCCCAGGUUAACGAUCCUACUGCUCGACAAAAAAUGGGCCUCCGGAACAUUACCAACCCUGCCGACCGUAACGGUGCGUUGGAUGAUCUUGCCAGAAAAGCCCCAAUGGAAAAAGACCUUGUUGCCUUUGAUGGUAGAGCAGCAGCCACCAAAAAGACGAAUGGUGAUUCUCUUUCGCAUAUGGAGUUUAAGAGUACCCCAGAAGACGGGAUGCAUGCUUUGUGUGACGGACUCGGCAAAAGGAUAGAAACGCUCAAAAGUCUUGUCAAACAGAGACGCGAGCUGUCCAUUCAGCUCGGGCUAGAUGUCGACGACUAUAGUGAGGGGAUGCUUGAGGAAAUGGUGUCCAGGGCUCAACGUAUGGUCCUCGAGCUCAACGACGCCCUUGCCCAAGGAAAAGAGCCAAUGUGGGUUCUCGAGGAGCGCUACCGUGCCAUUGUCCUGUGCUUUGCAGCCGCCGAGUCCAUGGGAGAGUUUGCCUCGGCUUCAAACGACCAGGCGAAGCGACAGUGGUUUUUCCGGACUUCGGCGCAGCACCAGUCGGCUUGCAACUACGACCGUUACGGUGUAGACACUUUACGUGACGCAGAACUUAUGUUGUUGCGAACUGUUAUGCCGCGCUCGGCGCAACCAGCUGUCGAGAGCGACAGGCCACCGGUGACCCUGCUAUUGGCAUCCAGCGGCAUGGCGGCCUUUCAAAUCGUGUGGCAGUACGUCCUGCACCAACUCCACCCGGGGAACUGCGUUACCCUAGCGCCAUAUAUCUAUUUUGAGUCCAUGGAGCAGAUUGUCGCCAUGGGCAAGAUGAUCAAAGUAAACUUUGCCACAAGCUUCGAUGGUGACGAAAUCAUCCGCACGGCCGAGGAGACGGCGUCGCGAGUUGUCUUUUUGGACCCCGUAGCGAACGUGGUCGGACUGCCAUGCACAGACCUUCGCGCAUUUUUAAAAAAGGUAACGGGGCGGACUGGGUGGGAAGACCGCAUCGUCGUGAUCGAUGGGACCAUGGUCUCUGGGGGUUUGUCCGUGUUUGACUGGGCUUCCUCCGGCAGCGACCGGGGGCCGACGAUUUUGUACCACGAGAGCGCCAGCAAGUAUGCUCAGCUCGGCUUAGACAUUCAAAUGGCCGGCUUUUGCGUGGCUCGUUCACACCUGGACGAGCCACUUCGAAAGAUCCGACGAGACACGGGAGGUGUAAUCUACCGCCACGGGGUAGCAUGCCUGCCUUUUCUUACGCGGGAGAUUUACGAGGCGCGGCUGCAAACGCUGACUCGGAAUGCCGAGUUGGUAUAUCGUGGUCUCAAGCAGCGAACCUCACACGUAGCCAAGGUCGCCUUCCCAGAGUCGUGGCGCGAGCUCGGCUGGCAGCACGGAGGCGCGCUCGUCACGGUUGAGUUUAUUGCCGGUGGACUGAACAACCGGGAAGGUCUCGAGGCGUGUAUUGAUUUGGUGCUGCGAACAUCGGCCAAGGCUGGUCUUCCGAUCACCAAGGGGGUGAGCUUUGGGUUUUCGACAACGAGGAUCUCGGCUAGUUCUUCAAUGGCCGAGAAUACGGACCCCUUCCUCCGCAUUUCCGUCGGCAUCGAGUCAAAACAUGUGCCGACCCUGAUAGAAAUUGUGGCACAGGCGAUACUCACUUAUGUCAGCGGCUUUGGGACUGCGACAUUAUAA